AUGACUUCGACCAAUGGUCAGCAAAAGAAUGUGUAUUAUCCUACCAGUCGAGUGAGCAUUUCAGUGGGGACGUCACUGGGCCACGCAGAAACAGAACCUGGACCAGGCUUCUUGUGGAUGAAUUGCAUCCUAAUGCCUUGGACCCCAGAUCUGCCCGCCCUUUUGCACACCCUGCCGAUGCGAAGGGAGCUCUGCAUCGAUGGAAAAGUGUGCAAUUGCGGCGUCGACGGAAAACAUCUCGCUGGGCUCCAGGGAGCGGACAUACACACAAACACACGCGACAAGCAUCGCAACACGACGUCGGAUCCUGACAAUGGCAGGCACGGAGGAGCGUCUCCACCCCGAUCCAUCAGAGAACUAGAGAAACCGUUUGACAUGUUCGAUGCAGACCAUGGCUUCAAGCUGGCCACAUUCAAAACAAACACAGAUGAAGAUCGGGUAGGAAUAGUUCGUGAAAACUCUAUAUGGCCUUUGCAGGAGGUUUUGAAAUUCCAAUCUGGCAGCACUCCAUUACAAGUGAAUGACAUGGUUUCUGUUAUCCGGAAUUGGGAUCUUAUCAAGGAUAGCAUACAUGCGGAGGGAGAGGGAAUUGACUUGAGCGAUGUCAAGUUACAAGCUCCUAUACCCAGACCGACGGGCACUAUCAUGUGCAUUGGGAAAAACUAUUUGGAUCACGUGAAGGAAGUGGACACGUGGAAGACUGAUCCUGGCAUUACACAACCAGAAGCUCCUAAGCAUCCCAUAGUCUUUACAAAGGCACCACAGUCUGUUGUUGGACCUGGAGCUGCUAUUGUUUAUCCUCAUGGGUGGUCUGAUCGUGUUGAUUAUGAAGCAGAGCUAGCGGUGAUUAUUGGCAAGGCUGGGCGGGGGAUUUCCAAAGAGGACGCUUUAAAACAUGUUUUUGGCUACACCAUAAUCAACGAUGUAACUGCGAGAGAAGUUCAAAAGCGGCACCAACAGUGGUUCCUCGGCAAGAGUUGUGAUACCUUUUGCCCCAUGGGACCGUGGAUUGUACCAGCAUCUCAACUAGACGGUCAGAAUCUUGCCUUACAGUGCUGGAUCAAUGAUGAGCUUCGGCAGAACGGGAGGACAUCUCAGAUGAUUUUUUCGAUUGCGGAGCUGAUUGAAACUAUAUCUGUCGGAAUUACACUUCAACCUGGAGACAUACUAGCUACAGGCACACCAUCUGGAGUUGGAUCAGGAUUCAACCCACCACGACAUCUGAAGCCCGGGGACAAAAUUUGCAUUAAGAUUGAGGGCAUUGGUGAACUUCACAAUCAUGUGGAAUGAGCUUGUUUGUUGAACACACUGAGAAUCUCGCUCUAAUCUUGCUUGCCUGCAUUUCAAAUGAUAUUUGAGCUGAUCAACUUUCAUUCAAACCGUGAAAUAGUAAUCUGGACCAAUAAGCCAGGCAAAUUCCGACGUAGUUAUCGCCACAUUUAACCUGGUCAGGAGGUAUCUGCCCAAGCAGCUUGUUCUUGUAUUUUGAAUGUUCAUGCUGGAUGUACUCAAUCCAUACUAGCAUUCGGAAUGCAUUCAGAUGGUAUUCAAAUAA